AUGGAGAACGGCUCGGCCAGCCCCGGAGCCGCGCUGGGCGGCAGCGGCAACCAGACCCUGGGCAGGAUGCCCCGGCAGCCGCUGGAGCUGCAGGUGGUCACCAUCCUGCUGGUGCUGCUCAUCUGCGGGGUGGGCAUCGCGGGCAACGUGAUGGUGGUGCUGGUGGUGCUGCGCACCAAGCACAUGGUGACCCCCACCAACUGCUACCUGGUGAGCCUGGCAGUGGCUGACCUCAUCGUGCUGCUGGCGGCCGGGCUGCCCAACAUCUCAGAAGUGGUGGCUUCUUGGGUGUACGGCUACGCCGGCUGCCUCUGCAUCACCUACUUGCAGUACUUGGGCAUCAACAUCUCUGCCUGGUCCAUCACCGCCUUCACGGUGGAGCGUUACAUCGCGAUCUGCCACGCCAUCAAAGCGCAGCUCCUGUGCACCGUGUCCCGCGCCAAGCGCAUCAUCACCUCGCUGUGGCUCUUCACCUCCCUCUAUUGCCUCAUGUGGUUCUUCCUGGUGGACACGACCCAGGUCACCUUCUCGGAUGGGGCACAGGUCAGCUGCGGCUACCGCGUCUCCAGAAGCCUUUACAUGCCCAUUUACUUUUUGGAUUUUGCUGUCUUCUAUGUCAUCCCAUUGGGACUGGCAACUGUCCUCUACGGCCUCAUCGCCCGCAUCCUCUUCAUGAGCCCCCUGCCUGCCACCCCGCAGCACUCCUGCCUGGGCUCCACACACCAGGGUGGCUCCCUCAAGCUCUCCUGCCGGAGCAACAAGGGGGCCCUGAGCUCCCGCAAGCAGGUCACCAAAAUGCUGGCUGUCGUGGUGGUCCUCUUUGCCCUUCUGUGGAUGCCUUAUCGCACACUGGUGGUGGUGAACUCCUUCAUGGACCCCCCGUACCUGAACAUCUGGUUCCUUCUCUUCUGCCGCAUGUGCAUCUACCUGAACAGUGCCAUCAACCCCAUCAUCUACAACCUCAUGUCACAGAAAUUCAGGGCUGCCUUUAGGAAGUUAUGCAAGUGUGAAGAGAAGAGUACUGAGAACCCCGCGCCAUACACUGCCCCGGUGUACUACAGCGUUACGAAGGACUGUUCUCAUGACAGCUCCGAUCACGUUGUCACCGAACAUGAAGAUCUGAACAGUCUCCCUGCACCUGCAAAGAAGAACAAGCCUGCCAAAGAAAUCCUGGGACCCUGAAACAGCACAGGCAGUGGGAGCUCCGCGGCUGUAUGCACUGUGUUGGGAAAGUGCCAACAGAAAUUGCUUUGGCAUUGCAGCAAGCUAAAUUUAAUACCUCUCCAGGGCAUUUAACAAAACAGAUUCUUAGAGGCAAAUUAAUUUGCUUUUCCUCGACGCUAAUUUAUUCUUGUUUGGUGAAGUGUUAGGUACAGGUUAAUGUUUAGCAUCUUUAAAGAAUCUGUAGUUAAAUAUAGCAGUGCAACGCUAAUCUGUGUUAUGUGCAAGUGCAACCGUUUGUUGAGUCGGGCCAGAACAUUGAAAGGAAAUCCAGGAAGAGAAGGGCAUUCAAGGAAAAAAAACAACCUUCUUUCUGCUGGGCCAGUUUUCUUAUAGGCUGAGAUUCACCUACCUGAAUCUACAUGCCUGUACCACAGACACCCUAUGUGAGCCGCUCCUCUAAGGUCCUUUUAGGAUUAACAGGGACAAUUAGGCACUUCCAGAAAGUGGCUCUUAUCUCAGCAUAGUCCUCUGAGGAAGACACCUACCUCAGAGGGGGAUGAAUGCCUCCCAAGAUGAUGGUCUUUAACUUCUGAUCUAGUUGAAGACGUCCCUGCUUACUGCAGGGGGGGUUGGACUAGAUGACUUUUAAAGGUCCCUUCCAACCCAAUACAUUCUAUGAUUUUCUAUUCUAUGAUUCUAUGUGACUAUUUCUGGCCAUUGACUGUAAAGGGAUUCUCCGGCAGAGGCUCCUGUGUUAGGAAUGAUUGAAGUUGGGUGCCAUGAACCUCGCGCCAUGCUUCUGGAAACAUUGCUGUGCUGGUAGCACAUACACCCAAGGUCCAGACCAGUUGGAUUCGUUACAGAAAAAUGAACAAACUAAUAAUGAGUAUUCCCUAAGGUAAUAGUAAUACUUCUGACACUGUGGCCUAAGCUUCUUUUGGAUAAUUUUACCUUUUCUGUCCAAAUUCUUCUAGUUGCUUCAGCUGGAUAUCGUAGCCUUGUCCUGUAAGCCCCGGUGUGGUUUAGCUGCGUACCAUCAAGCAGUCUUGCUCUCCAUCCCAGCCACAGUUGCAUUUCAAUGGCAGGUGAAGCAAUUCUCUUAUUUCCUGAAAAUAAUUUGUAAAAGUCCAUCAAGUGUUUUGUGAUAAGUGACACGCUGACUGUAAGACAUUAACAAUACUUAUUGCCACUGUCAUCUUGGGAGCAAAGUAGAUAUUCAUAACCUGCGGUGGCCAAGAAACCAGCCCACGGACGCUUGCCCCAGACUUGCAAGAGACAAUCUGGACAGGAACAAAAGGAAAAAGAUUACACAUGAGCCAAACGCUUAGGCUCUUGCCAAAUAAAACAAGUGUCAACCACCAGUAACCCUCAAGUGACUGUAAAAAAUUCUUUGAACAGCCAAUUCGGCCUCACUAGUCAACACCGGUUUUCAGCAAACUACAGUGUUACGAGGUCUUAGAAUUUUGCAUCCACUUUGGAAAAUAUCCAUGUGAUAACUUUUAAGAGCACAAGACGUUAAGUGAUCAUUCUGCCUCUAUGGGAAACCACUUCCCUGGGCGAGUCAGAAGAAGACCUCACCUCGCACCAGCGUGUCAGGAACCGUCCAGGACCUAUUUCAUUUUGGUGUAGGGUGGCUUUCCAUGUAUCAUUAUUGUAUUGUGAGUUGUUAAAAUAUCUACUUUGCCCCCCUAAUAACUGCAGGAUGAGGGAAGAGAACAUUGUUUUUUGCAAUUAUGUGUAAAGGUGUGUGUUUGGAAUUUAAGGAUUCAUGUCAUUUUUGCGCUCUUUUGUGUAUAUUGGGAAUUUAGGA